AUGUUCCGCGACGACUCCUUCCAUCCCUCCUCCUCUCAACCCCGCCAAUCCCCGCCACCAUCUCCAACGACGCGCCAGGACGAGGCAAACAACCUCGACGACGUAUUCGGGUCCGCCCCGUCAUCUCCCACUCUCUCCUAUGCCACGAGAUCUACCCGCAAUGAUGAGCCCUCUGAGGUCCCCCGACUGCGGUCUGCGCAUAGCACUGCUGGAUACCGAGACGGCAUAACGACUGCGAAAGGCACGACCAUUCAAGAAGGAUUUGACGAGGGGUUUGGCCUGGGCGCAACUAUGGGCUUGAGGAUAGGUUCCAUUCUAGGGACAUUGGAGGGGAUCUAUGCUGCAGUUGCGAAACCAGACACCAAGCGUGCCCCAGCUCUGGAUGAAGGUGGAGUCCAAAUUGGCACUGGAGCUCAACCAGAGACUGAGAGGCUGAAGGCUUUGGUCGUGAAGGCACGCAGUGAUCUACGUACCGAAGGUGUCUUCAGCAGACAGUACUGGGGCGAAGACGGCAUCUGGGUAUAUGAUGUAAUAGAAAGUGGUGGUGGGUGGAAGGACGUCGUGGAUGCACACCCUUUGAUUCAGUCCUGGGAGGCUGUGGUUGCAGAAGAGGUGACCAAGGUCAACUUAGACACGAGUGUCAUGGACAGAACGGAAGUGAAGAGGCUGGGCGAAGACGAUGAGGCAGUUAACAGGAGCUGA